AUGGUUGGAAAGACUAUCUUCGCUGCAGCUGCAGCUUCGACCUUGGCGUCUUCUGCUCUUGCCUUCGAUGCGGAUUUGAGCUCUAACCUCGCCGUCUACUGGGGACAAGGGCAUGCCCAGCAGAGACUAGCCCAUUUCUGUGAGGAGACAUCGAUGGAUAUCAUUAAUAUCGGAUUCAUCAACUCCUUCCCUAGCGCCCGAAAUGAACUGCCCGGGUCCAACUUCGGAAACCAGUGUGGUGGAACAUACCCCAACUCAAAUUUGCUUGGACCCUGCGAAUAUCUGGUGGAAGAUAUUCCCAUUUGCAAGGGUUUGGGAAAGACUAUCUUGCUGUCCAUCGGCGGUGACUCUGCCAAUGAAAAGCUUGCGGAUGAUGAUACCGCUGCUUGGUUUGCCGACUUCCUUUGGUACUCGUUUGGUCCUUAUAAUGCCGCUGCUAUGGAAGAGAAUGACCUCUACGUUCGUCCGUUCGGGUCCGGCGAUGAGAACUAUGUUGAUGGUUUCGAUUUCGAUAUCGAGAACAGCGGAGACACUGGAUAUACUGCUAUGAUCAAUCAGCUCCGCACCCGUUUCACAGAGUCUGAAAAGACAUUCUACAUCUCGGGUGCACCUCAGUGCUCCAUCCCUGAUAAGCAGCUCGGCGAUGCCAUCAGCAGGGCGCAGUUCGACUUCAUCUGGGUUCAGUUCUACAACACUCCUGCAUGUGCUGCUACCGCUUACUUCGAAUCUACUGGUGGUUUCAACUUUGACCAAUGGGUGGAUGUCAUCCAGGCUUCAGACUUGUCUUCUGAUGCUAAGCUCUAUAUUGGACUUCCCGCUGCAUCCGAUGCCGCUUCCGUGGGCUACAUUGAUGCUAAUUUAGUCGGAACCUUGGUGGACGAGUACUUGAACAAGUACCCCGCUGUUUUUGGUGGUAUCAUGCUUUGGGAGGCCACCUUCUCCGAAAACAACAAAAAUAGCGCUGGCCAAACGUAUUCUGAACAGGUCAAGGACAUCCUUCUCGAGAUUGCUCCUCCUGUUGUUACUCCUACACCUACACCCACACCCACCCCCAGUGUGACCCCAACCCCCACCCCGUCUCAGGUUGCCACUUCUAGCAGUGCUGCAGCCGCUAGCUCGUCGGUAGCAUCGUCUUCAAGCCCCGCUAUCUCUUCCAGCUCCAGCGUUGUGGUUGCCUCUUCUAGCUCCGCUGUUGUCUCUAGCCCCGCUGCUGAUACCACCCCUGCUGCUUCGAGCCCUGUUGCCUCCGCUUCAAGCUCCGCCGUUGCUUCGAGCUCUAGCGUUGUCGCAUCCAGCCCUGCCGCCUCCGUUUCUAGUUCUGCCGUUGCCUCUAGCGCUAGCGCUGUUGUAUCCAGCCCUGCUGGUGGUGCUUCUAGCUCUAUUGCUGCCUCCAGCCCUGCUACCUCUAGCCCUGCUGCAUCUAGCCCUGCUGCAUCCAGCCCUGCUGGUGAUGCUUCUAGCUCUGUUGCUGCCUCCAGCCCUGCUGCCUCUGUCUCUAGCUCCGCCGUUGCCUCUAGCUCCAGCGUUGUUGCAUCCAGCCCUGCUGGUGGUGCUUCUAGCUCUGUUGCUGCCUCUAGCCCUGCUGCUUCUAGCCCAGUUGCCUCCGUUUCUAGCUCUGCCGUUGCUUCUAGCUCUAGUGUUGUUGCAUCCAGCUCUGCUGGCUCUUCUCACGUUGCUUCUAGCCCUGCUGCCACUGGCCCUACUGGCUCCGCUUCUACCGCUGUUGCCUCUGGCUCUGGCUCAGCCAUCUCCUCGAGUGCUGUUGUGUCCACAAUUCCCGUUGUUGUCCCCACCAAGUCUGCUUCAUCCGCUUCGACAUCCGGUGCUGUGACCUCUACUGGAGCAGGCUCUCCUUACUCGACCACCGAGACUAUUUACAGUACCUCAACUGUCUUUGACUGCCCGUCCAGUGUUACUAACUGCCCUGCUCGCACAUCCACCAGCGCUGCCAGCACCACCGUCUACAUUGUGACCCCCACUCCGGCUGUUCCCUCUGUCACCGAUUCUGCUAGCACUGGAGCCGCUCCCUUCGUCACCACUGAGACUAUCUACCACACCUCAACUGUCUUCGACUGCCCAUCCAGUGUUACUAAUUGCCCCGCUCGCACAACCACCAAGGCCAGUACCACUGUCUACACUGUGACCCCCACCUCGGCUGUUUCCACCAUCACUGGAUCGCCCGAGACUGUCACCGCUGUCAUUACUACCUCUUACACUGAUAUCUGCUCCACUGGUUUCACCACCAUCACCACUACACUCACCACUUACUACUGCCCUAUCACCGCCGCCGAGGCUACUGCUACUGGUACUCUGACCAACCCCGCUGGUGCUGGCGCCACCGCGACUGCAUCAAUCCCCGAGGGCUGGACCACAACUGUCACUGUCUGCACUAACUGUGCCGCUACCCCUACCACCGUCACUCUCACAAAGCCCAUCGUCACUGCCACCACCACCGCUGAAGUUACCUCAGAGACUGCUAGUACCGGUGCCUCGGCCGCUGAGACCACCAGCUGGUCCACCACUGUGUCUACUACUUCCGUCCCCGCCGAAGCCUCGGGUAGCACUUCCACUAGCACUGUCACUCUGGUCUAUGUCCACCCCAGCUCCAAGGUUCCCAGCCAUACCCCUGGCCGUGUCCGCCCAGCAGCCAGCCACACUCCCUCAUUCUCAGCUCGUCCUGUGAGCAGCAGCGCUAAGGUUCCUGCCACACCUAGCACUACUGCUAGUGUCUCAGCCGUUUACACUGGAGCUGCUUCUAAGUCCGCUGUGAAGUUCUUCGGUGUCGUUGUCGCCGCUGUUCUCUCUAUUAUGUUGCUGUAA